UGCUUCCUGCCUCAUCUGAGAAGAUGUUCCCCAAGGUGGCCAUCUGCAGCCUGCUUCUCCUCAGUGUGCUCUGGAUGGAUGUGGCCUCGGCAGGCUCCAGCUUCCUAAGCCCUGAGCACCCAAAGACCCAGCGGAAGGAAACCAAAAAGCCAUCUGUCAAAUUUCAACCCCGUGGUGUGGAAGAACCUUUGGGCCAGCCUGAAGGAGUAGAUAAGGGUCUGGAAAUCCAGUUCAACGCUCCCUUUGACAUUGGGAUUAAAGUGGCUGAGGCUCAGUAUCAGCAAUAUGGUCAUGCCCUGGAAAAGGUGCUACAGGAGAUCCUUUUGGAAGAGAACCAAGGACCUACAGGGGAAAAAUGACGCUUUGGAGAGAUGACCGCACACAUUUUUCUAAGCAACAUGCAUCAUUUCUAAGCUUGCAUUCAGAUUUGCUUCCCUGACAACUUCCUCUAUUUGUGUAUUAAUUAUAUGCCAGGGAAUGAAAUAAAAUUCCCAUUG